UGACUGUUCCACGUCUGUGUGAAGUCCUGUCACCUCCAUGCACAGAGCUGUUGUUCCUGGCCUGUAGGGCGUUCCUCAGAUCUUAAGACAUUGAAACAGUGCAUGUCAUGGCCACUGUGUGUUCCUGUAGCUUUUGCUGUUGGCUUUGACGUUAAUGAUAGCUCAGCUGCUGUGGGCUAAUCUGUAGUUUGCUUGGGAAUACUCCUUGCUGUAAAAGCUCUGCUUCUUUGCAUUGACUACACAAACAUCUGAAGCUGGAGAGUGCACCUCAACAGCAGAGGAAUACAACAGAUGGGAGAUCUUUCCUAACGCCCCAUUUCCUUUAAAAAAUCUGGUCUUUAAAAAGUAAAUUUAGGAGAAUUUGCACCUAAAAAGUAACAAAUCCCUGGAAAUGUAAGAUGUAAAAAUGGCACUACCAGAACUGCCUGACUACAGCAGAAUCCAACACGCACAGAGACCUUAAUUGUGAAUCUAAAUGUUAAUAGCAGUCUUUCGACAGCAUGCUCCGUACUAGUUCCAUCUUCACCUUUAAGAAAUGGUCAUUCUGGUCCUGAUUCUUGAGCAGUGUCAGGCAGGCAAUGUUUUGCUGUGCACUGGAAGACGCAGGUGGUCCUUCACCCCAUCUGCAGGGCGCAUCGUCUCAGCGAGGAUACAGCCAUGUUCGCUCAACCAGCAAGACGUUCUGCUGCUGGAGGUGAAGAAUUCUCCCUUUGUUUAUUUUUAACAGCAAAGUAUCUUGAAAUAACUCCAUGUAACUGUGAUGAAGUAUGCUGGCUGGACAGGCAGUGCCUGCUCACUGGGAAGCCUGAGGUCCCUCUCACUGUAACACAGCUCUGCCCUUCACCUCAGCUCCCACCUCUCCCAUCCUCAGCCUCUGCUCCUGCUAAUAAGGAUAGAUCCCAAAGGAAGCUCUAUGCUCUAUUAAUUAUGGGAGGUGAGUUUGAUGAUUGAUAAUUACUGGUCCCACAGACACGUAGUGCAUUGCAGUAAAUAAACAGGGCGCGUUGUUGGUAGUAACUCACGAACAGCUCAACGAUUUAAGACUGCUGAGUGUGAGGUAUUGCCUGUAAUUAUUAAAAGAAAAAAUCUGUCGCUCUUCUGGACAAUUUUCCUCAAGCAGAACGGCUGGCGGUUCAAACCGCGGCUUUUAUUGAGGUAUUCGUACAAAGGGACACCGCGUGUCUGACGCCGCCCCUCAGCGCCUUUUCCCGCCCAAAGGUCGGAGCGCCGCGCGCUGCCGGCACAUGCGCGGGAAGCGCGCCCGCCUCGCGCACGCGCGCCGGCCGCGUCCUCCGGAGGGGGCGGGGCGGCCCGCGGGAUGCAGGCGCUGAGGCGGCUGCACGAGGCGGUGGUGGGGCUGCUGCUGUGGGGGAGAGCGGCGUCGGCCCGCCCCGACGCCUCGGAGGUGCUGAGCCAGCACCUGCGGCAGCGCGGCCUGCCCCACUGGACGUCGUACUGCGUUAAGUACAGCGCGGUGCGCAACGACCAGUUCGGCCUCUCGCACUUCAACUGGCGCGUGGACGGCGCCAACUACCACGUCCUGCGCACCGGCUGCUUCCCCUUCGUCAAGUACCACUGCUCCCGCGCCGCCCCGCAGGACCUGGCGCUGCAGAACGCCGCCUUCACCGCCCUGAAGGCGCUCAACGUCGGCAUCCCAACCUUACUCUAUGGAAUUGGCUCCUGGUUCUUUGUCAGUGUCACAGAGACUGUUCACACCAGUCAUGGCCCGGUUACUAUUUAUUUUCUAAAUAAAGAAGAUGAAGGCGCAAUGUACUGAAAUGGUGCCCUCAAGUAAUGUCAGUUGGUGGGUUUCCAUGUUACAGCUGCUACCAAGUAUCUGCUCCCGGUGCCUAAAGAGAACUGACCGUAGCUCUGUGUUUUUAUAUGGUGUAACACUGUGUCUUCAGGAAGCUUCCUGGAAUUUUUUGGCGAUAGGUUUGUUUUUGGAGAGGACAGUAAAGUUGAAAAAGCUUUGGGACAAGAACUAAUAUCUCUGAGGGUGUUAGAAUGUAUGUAAAUCAGUGACUGGAACUGUUCAAGAAGCUUCUAAUAAUUUAAAAAGGUACAUCUACCAAUGUGAACUGUGAAUUCUUGAGACUUCUCAGGCUGUCCCUGAAAGCACUGAACUGCUUAAAUCUCAACUAGUUGGAUGUAUUAGUGGUUACAGUUGUGAGAGGGUUUGGAUGAAUCCAUGGCACUGACUGCUAGCAGUACCAGAAGGCUUUCUAGAAAAAAUACCUGUGAGAAGUUGGGGGAAAAAAAAAGGCUGUAUGUAUCACAUUUCUUUAAGUGGUAUUUAAAUAAAGUAUUUAAUAUAUGCUU